AUGGGACGGAGGAAGUUGGAGAUGAAGCGAAUCGAAGAUAAGAAUAGUAGACAAGUGACGUUUUCAAAGCGGAGAUCAGGGUUGAACAAGAAAGCCCGGCAUCUUUCCGUUCUCUGCGAUAUCGACGUCGCGGUCGUCGUCUUCUCCUCUCGUGGCAAGCUCUAUGAAUAUUGCAGCGGCAGUACGACCAGUGUGGAGCUUAUCCUUUCUAGGUAUCAGAAAAGCAUCCUUGGGACAGAAGAAGAGAGAAGCACCCAAGAAAGGGCUUCCCAAGAUUAUAUGGAGGGAACUAACCACACCUGCACAAGAUUCCGAACAUGCAAAGAGCUUCUAGAAUCAGUGAGAAGGGUUGAUGAAGAAGGAAAUAAGGUAUCUGUGAGUGACAUGACAGAGUUAGAGGAAGAACUUAAUGCUGCUCUUAUGCACACGAGAUCUAGAAAGGUUCUUAUUUCUGUUUAUGAUAUUGUGCUAGCUUACACAAUUGAUGAUGGAGCGAAUAUCGAGCCUUCAUGUACAGGAAAAGAAAUUAACAGAGUAAAAGGAAGAAUUGAAGCAGAAGGUGGCAUCAGCAGCAAAGAAGAAGGAAUAUUUCGACGAUGGUGCAAGUAGCCAUUGCUACAAGACCAAUUCACCUCAACUACUUAUAACACUCCCUCUCUUCAAGGAGGAUUAAUCUUUGAGUACCCACCCCUGCAAAAUCAAUAAAACAACUUUGGAAAAAAUAUAAUAUAUACUCUGCAUGUAGUAGUAAAGAAGGGGAGACUUUGUGCAUAUUAUUGAUUCAUCACUAGACGCUUGUGCUCUUGCUGUAUCAUUCGACUUUAUGUUUUAUUCUAAUGCCG